AUGUUUCUCAAUGAUGCCUAUCUAUCCUCUCGACCAGAAGAUGUCUUGCUCCAGACGGUGAUGCUGGAUGCUCGCCUAAAGUUGGCGAUUCUACAAAACUGUACAAUCUGCCCAACUUGCGGUUUCACAUUCGCUGCCAGUGCCUUUGUGCCUGCUCAGUAUCCUCACUUUUCUCUCACCCCCCUCAUCCCAGCUGGCACAACCAGUUCUGAGAACAUACUGCCGGUUGAACCUCAUCAUGACGCCCUUGUACACGUUGCAGGGCAGCAGGCCAUUAUUCUUUCUGCCCAUGCUGAAGGAGGACAAAGUCUCUCAGACGGAUCUGCCUCAGACUGGGCAGACAUGCAGAGACAAGCGUACACAUACCAACGAAUGAUGCCACAUGCUUAUGUACCAACCCGACCCCCGGCCGGCCGUUCAUUUUCGUACAUUUUCUCUUCUCAAUCUGCCCCACUGCCUCGUGCAUAUUCUUGUUCUUCUUCUUCUUCAUCUGCCCAAUCAAUUGUUGGUGGGCUCAACGGUCGGCCUGACCGGCCGUCCAAUGGUUGGCUUGAGGGGGUUGGAGAUGAGGAUGAGGAGGAAAAAAAGUUUCUUGCCAGAGGCGACAGGAUGGGAGUCCAGCUGAGGCACGUGUCUGAGCGUGCCGUUCAUGUUGCCCGACUUUUAGGUCGUCCUGAUUGGUGGAGCCGUUGCAAACGCCAGUCCCAGUCGUCAGCCGGCCGGAGGGUGGGCUCGAACCCUACCGGCCAUGCGACAGAGCCCACUUGUGCUUUCAGCCUGUUCCAUUCACGCCUCCUCAUCCAGGCCAUACACUGCUCAAGAGCGUCUGAGCUCUCUCUCUCUCUCUCUCUCUCUCUCUCUCUCGGACAAGGAUCGAGACGCACAAGUGAGCUGGCAACCACGUCUAGGCACGAACUGACAAACACCAACUCACACAAACAGAUCUGUGUGCUCGUGUGCAAUCAGACUUUUAUGCCAUCUUAG